AUGAAUCCAAAUAUUUUGAUUAUCUUCGCUUUUAUCUUUGCUUUUAUUAAAAACGUUAUGCUAAAACAGAACAUCAGCACACUAUUCAGCGAGAUAUAUUAUGAUCCACGAAAAUGUGGCAUAUCAGUUUUACGUAGUAAGCGAUAUGUACGGAAGCCAAAUUAUCAUUUGAAAGUUAUGGGUGGUACAGAUGUUGAAACGGGUGAACAUCCAUGGACCGUAGCUAUUUACAUGAACGAUGUGUAUUGCUGCGUUGGCACACUAAUUUCUAACAAACAUGUCAUAACAGCGGCGCACUGUUUUUUCAGAGAAGGUGUCAAGCCAUCUUUAGGGAAAUGCCGACCUAAACAAGCAAUAACUGAGGAAGAAGCUUUGCAGCACACUAAAAUAAUGUACGGAUCAAAGUGUUUGAAACGAAAAAAAUUUAGCAACUGUUUCAAUUCGAAACCGAUGAAAACAGUGGGAAUCAUAAGAGCUCAAUAUGGACGUUUCUUUCGACAAGGCUGUUUCGGUGGUGAUAUAGCACUGUUGGAAUUGGAGCAUGAAAUAAACGAAAAAGAUGCAAAUUAUAUAUGUUUAGCAAGUAGAAUUCUUCUGAAUGAGAAGUUUUACACAAUCCAAAGCGUUGGAUGGGGAAGCAAUCCAGCGAUGAAACGUAUUCUCAUGAAUAAUUUACAAAAAUUGGAAUUCCAUCGUUUAUUAGAUCGAAACAUGUGUGCGGAGAAAAUAAAUAAUUUACCGAACGAUAUUUUGUGUACCGAAGAAGCGCAUAAUCGAAACGUUUGCUUGGGUGAUAGUGGUGCUGGUCUGAUGGUCCAACUUCAUAAUGGACGUUGGCUUCUUCUCGGUAUCGUCUCAUACGGUAGCUCUUGUAAUAAACUGUUGGAGAAAAGAGCUCAACCCUUAGCUCAAGUUUACACGAAUGUCAAAAUGUAUAGAGGAGAGAUUGAUAAAUUCACCGAAUACUUCUUACCUUGGGAACAAGUGUGA